AUGGCUGCAGUAACUUCCUCCAUUACAAUAUACUCCCCGAACUAUAAAUGUGUCGUCAAGGCUUCUAAACUCCCUUCAUCUUUGAAACCCACAUCUCGAACCUCAAAAUUAUCUACCGAACCUGAAAAAACUAUCCCAUUGGCCAAGAAUUUGGCAAUAGCGAGCACGAUCCUUUCACCCUUAGCCUCUUCUCCCCUAGCGUUGGCUGCAAAGCAAAUAGCCGAGUCACCCCAAGAAGAUAACCGAGGCCUCGUCCUCCUGGUGCCUGUUGCAGCUGCUGUAGGGUGGGUGCUCUUCAACAUUCUCGGUCCUGCAUUGAACCAGCUAAACAGAAUGAGGAGCGAGAAAAUGACGAUAGUAGGACUUGGACUUGGUGGGUUGAUUACUGCCACUUCUGCUUGGUUAGUGCCAGCUGCUUCUGCUGCAAGCGAAGUUAUAGAAAAUGAGGGUGUUUCCGAGGGUGGUAACCAAGGCCUGCUUCCAUUAGUUGUGGCUGGAGCUGUGGCUUUAGAGGUUUUGUUGUUGAAUAGCAUGCAGCCAAAGUCUGAGGAGAAGGGUGCCAAUCACUGA